AUGGCUGUGUUUAGUGAGGAGCUGGCAGAGGAGGAUGAGGAGCUGACUGAGGACCCCCCGGGCAACACGGCUGGCGUGUCGGGAGCCGGGCGGGGGCCACAGACCAGCCGACAGACCCACGUGGCGGCCGCCCCGCCCCGCGGUCAAUGGGCGCAGGGGCGCGAGUGGCGUAGAGGGUGGGGCCACCACCGCGCCCAGACCCCGCACGACCCGCAGGCCCGCUGCCGCCGCCCUCUGAUGGCCCCUCUGUGGCACGGCGUGAAUGGCGCUGGGCUCAGGACGCGCGGCGGGGGCGGUGCGAGGUCAGAUCCGCCGCCCUUCAGCGUCGAGUCGCUGCGGGAGGCGGAACGUGGGCCAGGACCUGGGUCCGCCGAGCUGGAUGAGGAGAGGCUGCAGGGUGCCGCGGGGUCCAGGGCCUGGUUCUCGCCCGCCGCCCAGUUGCACGAUCUCGGGCGGUUUGGGAAGGGAACCCAGUAUCCACAGCAACCCACGCGGUCUCCCAGGCGUCUGCCUGGCGCCAGCAGCCCCCCACCGUACACCCUCCGGAAACACAAGAACAACCGCAAGCUGUGGACACCCUUCAGCACCACGCAGCUGCUGGCUCUGGAGUGCAAGUUCCGCCAGCAGCAGUACCUGUCCAUCGCGGAGCGAGCCGAGUGCUCCAGCAGCCUGUGCCUCACCGAGACGCAGGUCAAAAUCUGGUUUCAGAACCGCCGGGCCAAAGCCAAGCGGCUGGAGAAGUUGAAGCUGGCCUCCAAGCCGCUUCUGGCCUCGUUCGCCCUGCGCUUUGCCCUGGGCAUCCAUCUGCAGGGCUCACCCGCCACUUAG